GCGCCAUCACCCCCCCUCCCCUUGACGUCCGCCCUGGCCUCCGCCGCACCAACCGCCUGCUCUUCUCGCGCCUGUGGGUCCGCCCACCAGCCCUCGGCCAACCACAGCGCGACACGUGGCGCUUCCACCCUGGCACACGGCACCGGCUGAACCAAGCAAAAGCGCGGUGGGAUGAGGCACGGAGGAAGGGGUUUCACCGGCUGCUGCAGGGGUGGCUGCCUCUGCGCUCGCCCAUGGAUGGCUGCUCUGACUGCUUCGUGAGCAGCCCCUUUGGGCCCAGAUGGGGGUCCUUUCAUCGGGGCGUUGACGUGGCCGCAGAGGAGGGAGAGCCAAUCAGAGCGGCUCGCAGUGGCGUGGUGACGCAUGUCGGAGACAUGGACGUGUAUGGCAAUCUGGUCACACUGGCGCACGAGGCGGGCUUCACCACCCACUACGCGCACUGCUCCAAGAUGCUCGUGCAAGCGGGCCAGAGGGUGCGAGCAGGGCAGGUGGUGGCGCUGGUGGGCAACACUGGUCGGUCCAUGGGGCCGCAUCUGCACUUUGAAGCUUCCCCCUCCCAUGGCUCCGCGAUCUACAUCGUCCGCCUGCGCUCUGCACCACCCAUUGCCUCGUACCGCGGCGGAUUCGCCGGCUACCCGACAACGGCCGCUUGGGACAACAACCCUAACGGCCACACUCCAGGCGCCGCAUCAAGCGAUGAGGCCGGCGAUGGCGUUGGCGCGGCUUCUGUUCCAAGCAACGGUGGCGUUGGCACUGCGUCUGUUGCUCCUGCUGCUGCGGCUGCUGCCACUGCCACCAGCGGUUCAGGGGGCACAAACCGUCCGCUGUGGCGGCCGCGGUUGAACGUGAGGGCGCCGGGCGUGAGGGCGUUCAAGCAGCUGCUGCAGCGCAUGCAACAGGCCGUGCUGAGAGACAGCGGGGUGGCUGCCGGGAAGAUGCGUGGUGCUGCAGCAGCGCAUGCAAAGGGCGGUAAUGCAGCAGCGCAUGCAAAGGGCGGUAAUGCAGCAGCGCAUGCAAAGGGCGGUAAUGCAGCAGCGCAUGCAAAGGGCGGUAAUGCAGCAGCGCAUGCAAAGGGCGAUAAUGCAGCAGCGCAUGCAAAGGGCGAUAAUGCAGCAGCGCAUGCAAAGGGCGGUAAUGCAGCAGCGCAUGCAAAGGGCGGUAAUGCAGCAGCGCAUGCAAAGGGCGAUAAUGCAGCAGCGCAUGCAAAGGGCGGUAAUGCAGCAGUGCAUGCAAAGGGCGAUAAUGCAGCAGCGCAUGCAAAGGGCGGUAAUGCAGCAGCGCAUGCAAAGGGCGAUAAUGCAGCAGCGCAUGCAAAGGGCGGUAACAGCUACGUGCACACGGACAAUGGCUUCUCGGCGGCCCUCACGGCAGCGCAGGUGCAGCGCAUGAGGCGGCACCCCUCUGUGGCAUCUGUCACACUCUCUCGCACCAUCACACGCCGCCGCGCCGUCACUACCGCCGCCGACGGGCACAAGUCUCUCAACCUGCCCCACGCCCGUGCUGCUGAUGUUGCCGCUCCCGCUGUUGCCACCCCCGCUGCUGCCACCCCCGCUGCUGCUGCUGCCACUCCUGCUGGAGCGCCGAGUGAUGGCGAAGGCACGGUGAUUGGAAUUCUGGACAGCGGCGUUUGGCCGGAGCACCCCUCCUUUGACGACACUGGCUACAGCAGCACGCCCCCUGCCGGGUGGGCGGGCACGUGUCCCACUACAAGCGACUUCGCUUGUAACAACAAGAUCAUCGGAGGGGGCAUCUUUCGCGCGGGGUUUGAGAGCGAAUAUGGAGGACAGGGCCCACACGAUGACGAGUGGGCCUCCCCGCGCGAUUCUGAUGGCCAUGGCACGUGGUGUGCCGGAGCGGCAGCGGGCAACAGCGGCGUGGAGGUGCUUGGCGGAGGCACCAUCAGUGGCGUGGCUCCCCGGGCACGCCUGGCCGUCUACAAGGUGUAUUGGUAUCUGGGCGGCCCUGGCGAGUCUGUCACUACCGACGCAGAUGUCUUUGCAGCCGUUGAUCAGGCAGUGGCGGACGGUGUGGAUGUGCUCACCUUGUCCCUGGACAACACGAACAAAAACGCGGACUGGGAUCAGUUUGACAAGUGGAAUUGGACCUACUUUGACGACGUGCCUUUCAUCGGCGCUCUUGCGGCCGGGGUGACUGUGUCUUUUGCAGUGGGCGAUGAGGGGAGGUCCUUUUACCGUUACCUGUACGGUCCUUUCCCUGCCAUUGACAACUUUGCACCCUACUAUAUCAGCGUGGGGGCCAGUACCGUGCCCCAGGAAUCCCUCACUUCAUCGUCUACAACAACAGCAGCAGCGUUAGAAUCUCCAGCAAACACCACAGGCCCAUCAGCAUCAACACUGCUGGGAACCCAACUCCCCACCACCAUCUCCCCUGCAGCCACCUCCCUCCCCAUGGUUCCCGAAUGGUCCUCCACCAGCCCUCUUGCCGCGCGGGGCUGCACUGUCUGCCGCCCGAAGAAAGCCCGCCCCUCCAACACCAUUCUCAAGCCCGACAUCAUCGCCCCGGGGGCCGACAUCCUUGCGGCUGCUCCCGGGACAACCGUCGGCGAGACGGGGUCGUUUUCGGCUUACAAUAACGAGACUGCCGUGGCGGCGGCGCAUGUGGCCAGUGUGGCUGCUCUGAUCAUCCAGCAGCAUCUUGAUUGGACGCCAGCGCAGGUCAUGUCUGCCAUGAUGACGACAGCUGGCAGUACAGACAACAGCAACAGAAUGAUCCGGAAUGUGAACGGCAAGCCGGCGACUCUGUGGCAGAUGGGAGCGGGGCAUGUGUUUCCCGCUAGGGCGCUUGACCCUGGGCUGACCUACGAUGCCGGGGAGCAAGAUUUCCGCAACUUUCUUGCUGGGAUGAAUUUCACAAUGGCCCGAGAGGCAUUCGGGCAGGUGCCACUGAAACCCAUUGCAGCGAGGCACCUAAACCGGCCGUCUAUCUCGCUGGUGAACAUACCACUGGUAGUGAAUAAACUCGCCGCUAGGCGGACUGUGACGAGUGUCUCAGGCACCACAUCGACGUAUAGGGUGACGGUUACUGUCCCUGAGGCAGUGAGAGUGAGGGUGGUGCCAUCGCAGUUCACCAUAGCGCCGGGGCAACGGGUCAGUUUCAAAGUGAAGGUUGUGGUGAGGAGGACGUUCAACAACUUCAAGUAUGUGUCGCGUUAUUAA